GCCGCUUGCGGGUAUGUGACGUCAUCACAAGGCGCCCUUCAAAGAACGCAUUUAAAGCGCAGUGGAGUUUGACUGUAGCCUUCAAGAAUGUCUCGUCGAUAUGAUUCCAGAACCACCAUCUUCUCACCUGAAGGGCGCUUGUACCAGGUUGAGUACGCCAUGGAAGCCAUCGGCCACGCCGGCAGCUGCCUGGGAAUUUUAGCCAACGAUGGCGUGUUGCUGGCCGCUGAGAGGAGGAACAUCCACAAGCUGCUGGAUGAUGUGUUUUUGUCAGAGAAAAUCUACAAGCUGAAUGAAGACAUGGCGUGCAGUGUGGCGGGAAUCACAUCAGAUGCCAAUGUACUGACCAACGAGCUGAGGCUUAUAGCUCAGAGGUAUCUGCUGCAGUACCAGGAGCCAAUCCCCUGCGAGCAGCUGGUCACAGCUUUGUGUGACAUCAAACAGGCCUACACCCAGUUUGGAGGAAAGCGUCCGUUUGGAGUCUCUCUGCUCUACAUGAGCUGGGACAAACAUUACGGCUUCCAGCUCUACCAGAGCGACCCAAGUGGAAACUACGGAGGCUGGAAAGCCACCUGCAUUGGAAACAACAGCGCCGCAGCGGUCUCCAUGCUGAAGCAGGACUACAAGGAGGGAGAGAUGACUCUUUCCUCAGCCCUCGCCCUCGCCAUCAAAGUCCUCAAUAAAUCUAUGGAUGUCAGCAAGCUGUCUGCAGAGAAAGUGGAGAUCGCCACCCUGACCCGCGAAAACGGAAAGACCUGCAUCAAGGUGCUGAAGCUGAAGGAGGUGGACGAGCUGAUCAAGAAGCACGAGGUGGAGGAGGCCAAAGCUGAGAAAGACAAGAAAGAGAAGGAGCAGAAAGAAAAGCAGUGAUGCCCGUCCGCACUUAACAUUUUUUGUGAGAGAAUAAAUGUGAGCUUGUGUCUGUAAAAAAGGUUUUCAGAUGUGUCGGCAUGUUUUGUUUAUAAAAAUAAAGUUAGAAAAAUAAAAAA